AUGAUAGCAGUAAUUCAUUUUUGGAUAUCGCUGUUGGUGAAUGGAACAAGUCAGACAGCUGCAAACUUUCAUGCAUCUGAUGUCAAAAAGUCAGGUGGAUACGACUUCAUGGCCGAUGAUGAUUCCGUUGUGCAAUGGUCCACAUACUAUCGGAACAAUAACGGGAAUAGAACGAGCGAUUUCUUUCAUUUCCUAGUUCGCACUGAUUAUGAUCAUCGGAAAGAACCGGAAAAUGAUAACGGAGAAGCGGUUGCAAUCAAUGUAUCAAUUGUUGUCAGUAAUAUUCGCGCCGUUUCUGAAGUUACUAUGGACUACGCUCUUGAAUUAUUUUAUCGCGAAUCAUGGCUGGACAAACGAUUGCGUUAUCAGAAUCAUUUCAAAGAUCGGAAGAUAUCACUACAUGAAAGUUACAUCAACUUCUUGUGGCAUCCGGACACAUUCAUGCCAAAUGCUGUCGCUUCAAAAAAUCCGCAAAAACACUCAAUUUCACACCGUUCUUUGCUGAGGUUAAAUGAAGAUGGCGCAAUUCUAUAUAGCAGGCGUAUUUCCAUUGUGGCCGAAUGUCCAAUGGAUCUUACACUCUUUCCAUUUGAUUCACAAUUAUGUAAACUUGGCAUCGAAAGUUAUGGAUAUACAGCAGACCGUGUGCGGUAUUUUUGGUCCAGAGAUGUUAAAGCACCGCUGCUGCUGCAGAAAAUCCGGUUACCGGACUUCCAGAUCAAAGAAGCUUAUGUAACGAGUGUUAUUGAAAAUUAUGCUACAGGCAAUUAUAGCAGACUUUAUGUAUGUUUUGUAUUUGAUCGUUCAUCGGGAUUUUGUCUGAUACAAUUAGUAGUUCCAUCCACAGCAGUCGUUGUCACUUCCUGGGUCUCAUCAUGGAUGGAAAACGAGACUGAAUUUCAGGAUAUGGUUUCAAUUAUACUGGCAAUAACGUUUUUGAUAUUCUCAUACAAUGAGAUGAUGCCUCGUGUAAGCUACAUUAAAGCUAUGGAUAUUUACCUUGGUGUAUGCUUUAUGGCUGUGUUUUUAUCAUUAAUCAAAAUUGCUUUUGUAAAAUUUAUGCGACAGAGGCUGAAUAAAAACAGAAAGCAAUCCUCCGUGGUUGCAUCGAUGUUAGCAAAGGUUAAUAUGGCCACAAAUGACACAUUUAAUGAGCCUGGAAUUAUUAUCGCAUCAUCGCGGACGACUUGUGUUGAUUUUGAUUUGCCGUCUUUACGAAGACGAUCAUGUCGUUUGUCUAAUUCGCACACAUCAAUCUCAAUGAAUGAUCCAUACGAAUUAGACCAUUAUUUGGAAAAACGACGAGAGUUUCGAUGUUUCACUUUAAAGCAUUUGUUGGAUAAUUGUCGAUUAACAAAAAAGUCAGUACAAAUGUUUCACUGGAUAUCUCAGGUGAUUUUUUUGAUAACAUUCACGUCAUUUUGUCUAUUCUACUUCCUGUUAUAUCCCAACAUGCACUCUAAAAUGGAAGACGCUGAAUGCGAUCGUACAAAAUCGGAAUGGUUCGCCGAAAUUACUUAA